AUGAUAGACGAGAUGAUCAUUGCAAAAAAGUUUAGCGCCGAGAUUUUGGACAAGGCCGAGAAGUUGAAAUUGGCCAUCCCCACCGUACCAGAAAAACUCGACUCCCCCUUCUUCUUCGCCAGAUUCUUAAACGCCAAUAACGGAGAUGUCGAGAAGACGCGUCAGAAGAUUCUGCAGCUCUUCGAGCACCGGAAGCUAAUGGGUUAUGACAAAAUCAGUGAUCUCGAUAUAUUUACGACAGUUGACAUUGGCAGAGAGUGUUUUGAGCGCUUCCACAUCUCUCAACUCAACUAUGAAGUCACGUCUCGAAACUUGCACGUUUUCGUCCAGCGAAUGGAUGGGAUGGAUAUAAAAGAGAUUCUGAAAAUUAUGCCGUUAAGCUACGUGCUCCAUUCGUAUUUCAUGCUCCAAGAGAACUUCUCGAGAGCUAUGGCACAUACGGAACGGAAGACCGGGAAGACGUCGUCCGUAGUGUGUAUUCUGGAUUUGAAGGGGCUGAAUUUGAUGGAUUUUAUGAAUCCGUUGUCAGGACCGGCGCAGUUGGCUAGGCUUGUUGUGCAGAUUUGGGCAGAGUAUUUUAGUGAGCAUCUCUGCAAACUGCUGCUAAUCAACCCACCCGGUAUCAUCUCGGUCAUGUGGCAAGUCACAAAACGUCUUGUCGAUUCCAAUACAGCCGAGAAGCUCGCCUUUCUAAACAACGUGGAGGACCUGAAAAAGUAUCUCGAGCCGGACUCGAUUCCAGUCGAAUAUGGAGGCACCUAUCGUGACGAUACGGGUUAUGCGGAUCCGCCAGAAGGAGCAUGUAAACCACCAAAGAAAAUCACGAAAGAAGAGUACAAGGCUCAGGAGUACAUAUGGAAUGAGAACGGGAUGUUGAAGGCGCCGAAGGGCGAGAGCUUCUCGGUGAAGGCGUUUAAGACAGUGGAAUACUCGGUUAAAACAACAACGCCGGGAAAACUAGUUUGGAGUUACACGGCCAGCGGCGACAUCGACUUUGAAAUAGUCCGCCGCGACGCUGGAAAGGAGAUUGCAAUCUGGCCAAAGAUUACUGUCACAAGUCUCAAGCUACCAGAAUACGGGGAGAGAUGUGUGACACCUGGAGAGUACACACUGAAAUUCACGAACCCAUCGAACACGUGGUUCCCAGUGAAAAUCAAUUGUGCAGCGGAGAUUUUGAAUGUGUGA